GGAAAAGAGAGGAUUUUAUUGGCAAGGGAAGAAAAGAAACACAGAAGAUUGUCCUUUCGGGUUUUCGUGAAAUUUUCUUCUUUGCCAAAGUUCGUUCGUAUGAGUUUCUAAUCUAUCUCCAUCUAGGGUUAUUUAACUCCACUCUUGUUCGCUUCCUUUUAGGUUUUUGCCUUUCUCCGAUUAGCCAUUCUGGGUUGCGUUUAGUUUUUUCUCUGAACUCCUCUUCUUCCUCCUCGAAGUCGCCCAAUUUUGGCUGCCUGCCCUCGUCUGGAUUUCUAAUUCGUCUCGUCUGGGUCGCUGCUUUCUACUCUAUUUCUUCCAGUUUUGUUUGGGGGUAUGGAUUCCACUUACUUCGUUUAGAUGCGGGAAAUUUUGCACUCUCGUUUUUUUUGUUACUUUCUGGAGAAAUUUUUGAUGUUGGAUCUAAUGCUUCAAAUCCAAUUUUAGGGUUUUGUUGUUGAAAAAGGUUGUGGUGUAGCCAGGUUCGGUUUUGUUAGGUAUUUGUGCAGUCAGCUUGGUUGUUUGAGGGGGAGGUGGGGUUUCUGCUGCUCCUUGGUUUUGCUGUGUUUUGAGGGGUCUUGGCAUGUAUGCAUGAUGUUUCAUGCUCAAGGUCCUUCAAGGAAUCAUUGCAGUCUCCUUGCGGUUCACUGUGGCACAACCUUUGAUAUCAACCACAAUCACUCUUCGUCUCCCUCGGACGAUUAUUAUGAACCCAGAUACCCUAUUCCACAGCUUGCAUCUUCAGGGCGUCUCGAGGUUCAGGUACUGACUAACCCAACUACAGAUAGCUUCAGGCAGGUGCUUCAGUCCUUGGAGCCCAACAUUGUGUAUCUGCAAGGGGAGCGAACCGACUAUAGUGAAGAAGUUGGAUCACUGAGAUGGGGAGAUGUUGGCUUGUCCUAUCCAGAAGCCUUAUGCGACCUCUUUAGUUCAACAUUGCCUGACACUGUGUAUUUGGAGACUCCAAAUGGGGAAAAGUUAGCUGAGGCACUUUAUUCUAAGGGGGUUCCAUAUGUCAUAUAUUGGACGAGUACAUUCUCGUAUUAUGCCGCUUUGCACUUCCGUCAAGCGCUGUUCUCUGUGAUACAAAGUUCUUGUAGUCACACAUGUGAUGCAUUCCAAUUAGCUCAUGCGUCAUUCAGGCUUUACUGUUCACAAGACAGUAAUGGUAUCCCUUCCAAUAGCCAGAAAUCUUGCAGUAAAUCCGGACCAUGCCUGCUCGGGGAGCCUCCAAAGAUUGAUAUUACCCCAGCUGAGACUGAUGCGGCUGAUGAGGAAGGCUCCCCUGAAAAUCUUCCUGCCAUAAAAAUAUAUGAUGAUGAUGUGAACUUACGUUUUCUUGUUUGUGGUUUACCCUGCACAUUGGUACUUGCUCUUCAUUUCACACUCUCUUGUUUAUUGAGGAAAUUCGCGGGAGUAAGCUUCACAAUAGGACUAGCUAACAACUUGAAACUUGUGUCCUACAGUGCUCCCCCACCUCCACUCCAGGCGGGGACGUUUUCUCGUGGUGUAGUAACCAUGCGGUGUGAUCUGUCAACAUGUAGUUCUUCUCAUAUAUCGCUUUUAGUCUCUGGUAGUGCACAGACUUGUUUCAAUGAUCAGCUUUUAGAAAAUCAUGUUAAACAAGAAAUUAUCGAGAAUAGUCAGCUAGUUCAUGCCUUGCCUACACCCGACGAAAGCAAAGGACCUACGUCUGAGCCAAGGAAAUCUGCUUCUAUUGCAUGUGGGGCAAGUGUAUUUGAAGUUUGCAUGAAUGUUCCUAUGUGGGCUUCACAGGUUUUGCGCCAGCUUGCUCCUGAUGAAUCUUACCGCAGCUUAGUUAUGCUUGGAAUAGCUAGCAUUCAAGGGUUGUCUGUUGCUUCUUUUGAAAAGGGUGACGCAGAGCGCCUGCUUUUCUUUUGCACGAAGCAGGGGAAAGAGCUUCAUAUUCCAAACAACCCUGUUUUGACUAGGCCUCCUAGCUGGUUGAUACCUCCUGCACCCAGUCGAAAAAGAACCGAGCUAUGCCGAGAAUCUAAAUCCUUUUCUGGUGUAAAAGGCGAAAAGAAUUUUAAAGAGAAGCUGAAUAUUGCAGCAAUGAGGCCCAUUCCUCACACACGUCGUCAUAAGAUGCUCCCUUUCUCUGCGUUUUCUGUGGCUGAACGGUUUGAUGGAGACCAAGUGAAAGCCAACCUACUACCGGUUGCUCCUCCAAAGCAUAGUUCUGGUGGGGCUACUGCUCCUGUUAAUGCACACCGGAAAUCAACAAGUUCUUAUCAGGCUCAGCAGAUUAUCUCGCUAAACCCACUACCUCUGAAGAAACAUGGCUGUGGCAGAGCCCCAAUACAAGCUUGCUCGGAGGAAGAGUUUCUGAGGGAUGUGAUGCAGUUCUUGAUUCUUCGUGGACAUACUCGUCUUGUCCCUCAAGGUGGUCUUCCAGAGUUCCCUGAUGCCAUUCUCAAUGCUAAGCGUCUUGACCUUUUCAACUUGUAUCGAGAGGUUGUUUCGAGAGGUGGGUUUCAUGUUGGAAAUGGCAUUAACUGGAAGGGACAGGUCUUCUCAAAGAUGCGAAAUCAUACACUCACCAACCGGAUGACAGGUGUUGGGAACACACUCAAGAGGCAUUAUGAAACCUACCUUCUAGAAUAUGAAUUGGCUCACGAUGACGUGGACGGAGAAUGCUGCUUGUUGUGUCACAGUAGCGCAGCCGGAGAUUGGGUGAAUUGUGGUAUAUGCGGGGAGUGGGCUCACUUUGGCUGUGACAGGCGGCAGGGCCUCGGCGCCUUCAAGGACUAUGCUAAAACAGAUGGACUUGAGUACAUUUGUCCCCAUUGCAGCGUAUCGAAUUUCAAAAAGAAGUCGCAGAAAACGGGCAAUGGGUACUGAAGAAGAGCACAGCAUGGCAUUGAGAAGUUUGUCUGGGUGGUAUUUCGUUACCCCUUUUUUUUGCCUCUACAUAGAUGUGGAAGAGAAGUUAGGAAUGUAAUUAUUGUAUUGUAACCCCCCAACCCAACACCACCAUUGUUGUUUCAAUAUAGGAUUAAGCAAUUGAGAAGAAAGCUAACCCGCAAAAAGGAAGAGAAAUAUUCCUCCCCCCAUAUCUCUGUUAUGUAGCAUGGGAGAAAUGAAUAUUGAGAGCUUCUUGUAGAUUAUAAUAUCGUGUUUUUGUUUCUCCUGAGAUUAUUAGUUGCUCGUGCGUAAGGGAAUUAGAUGUGUUUUUGGUGUCUUUGGUGGCGAGCGAGCCUGCUUUUAUUCAGAGUAGAAAGUGGCCAGUUAGAAGAGAAAUACGAGUAUGAUUCGAAGAAGUAUAUUGUAUUCCUUCAAGAUAUCUGGCUUGUGCCUCAAUCGAAGACGAGUUCAUAUG